GAGGAGGACAAACACCUUACAACAGCAGCUCAACAUGGACGAUGAAGUGUUUGACCAGAUUGUGACCGUGUUCAACUCGCUGGUGUCAUGGGUGGCUGCUGGUGCUAUGGUGUUUGGUGGGGUGGUGCCUUACAUCCCCCAGUACAGAGACAUUCGCCGCUCGCAGAACGCAGAGGGCUUCUCCACCUAUGUGUGCCUGGUCCUUCUGGUGGCAAACAUCCUGAGGAUACUCUUCAGAUUCGGCCGCUAUUUUGAGACGCUGCUGCUGUGGCAGAGCAUCAUCAUGAUCGCCACCAUGCUGAUCAUGCUCAACCUGUGCACCAACGUCCGCAUGGCCACUGAACUCAACACCAAGAGACGCUCCUUUAUAGACUUUGACUGGAAUUACUUUUGGUCAUGGAGUCACUUCGUGGACUACAUGCAGUGCGUGUUGGCCUUCACGCUGGUGGCAGCCUACGUCACCUACCUCCUGCUGGACUCUGCGUUGUUCGUGGAGAGCCUGGGCUUCCUGGCUGUCUUCACUGAAGCAAUGCUGGGCACACCGCAACUCUACUGCAAUUAUCAGAACAAAUCCACAGAGGGCAUGAGUAUCAAGAUGGUGCUGAUGUGGACCAGUGGUGACACCUUCAAAACAGGUUACUUUCUGCUGACCCAGGCUCCUGUGCAGUUCUGGACAUGUGGCCUGCUGCAGGUUGGCGUGGACUUUGCCAUCCUGUUCCAGGUUUAUUACUACAGCCGCUUCCCACAGAAACCUCUGUCCCACACCGUCUCCCACACCACCAGUGCCAAAGCCCUCUGAAAGCCUCUGCAUGCUUUCCGAGGACAUCUGAUAUCUCAGUGCUCAAAAACAGCAGUGAGGAAGCAACUCCACAGAAGCUUUGGACAUGUAUAAACAUACAUGAGUGCCGAAGCACCUUGAUAUGAUGCAGGCUGCUCACCCUCACCAUCAUGUAUACAUGAAGAUGCAUACACACCCAUAAAUAAGGCAUGAACAUACACAGACAUUCAGUAUUGUUGGUGUCUGCACCCAUGCCUCAAGGACACUUGUUACAAACUUAACCGUUUUCUUUUAUUUAUUAUCCUACUGACCUAUUCUCAAUGCGAUAGUAUGCUUGUCUUGAAAUGCAGACAUCUCAGAGAAUAUAUCCUUGAAUCAAUGUGUGCAUGCAGAAGUAUGCACUGAAAUCUGUGCUCAAGGAAUCGUGGACCAGAUUUGUUGUCCACAUACACAUACGAUUGUUGCAUGGACCUUCUGCCUUAAAAACACACUUUCAAACAUGGCUUUGCUGCGUUACCAGCAAUACCAAAUGUAUGAAUCAAUCAAAAAAUGACUGAAUGUACAAAAUGGCAUUGGUUAUUUUGUUGUUUGUUCCUAACACAGUGUAGAAAUGCUGGUCAGUCUAUCACUUGUUGGGCAGAUGGUCACCAUAUGCUGUGACACACAGGCUCAACGUCUUGCGAUAAUACAGGAGCUGAACUGUUAGAAACUAGAGGCAAUCAGAUGUUACCAAAAGAAGAAGAAGAAUCCCAAAGGCUUGGAGAUGCUUUGUGUUGGCUUCUAAACAACUGGUCAUAA